GUGGCAUGGGGGUGACGGGUCAAGUGUCUCAACGCCCAAAAGCAAGAUGCCCAUCUGUCCAGUGGAAAUUGGGGUUUCCGUGGCAAAACGGUCUGCUAGCCAGGGAUUCCAAUGCAUGGGGGUCCCGCCAUAUGCAAUCUGCAACCUGCAAUCCUCCUCUCCGCUGCCCGUCCUUGGAGGAACACCGGCCGGUAUACAACCACAGCCAACCAAGCCGUUUCCCGACCAGACGCCCGUCACGUAAUUCGUCCGC